CUCAAGGUUAUCAAAUGCGUGUAGUUGGUAGUCUAUUAGAGUUUGAGGAAACUCUGCAAAGCUGCUCUAAGUCCGGAAGUAUUCUAAUUGUAGACUUUUAUGCGGACUGGUGUGGACCAUGUCGCCGCAUCGCUCCCCAUUUUGAAGCUCUUGCUAUAGAGUACCAGCCGGAAAGUUUUGUUUUUUUGAAGGUGAAUACGGACUACUGCAGAGAACUUUCUCAUCAGGAGGGAAUUUCAGCAUUACCAACUUUCAAAAUUUAUCAAGAUGGACGAUGUGUUCGAACAAUUGUUGGUGGCAAUCUCAGCAAACUUCGAACUGUUCUAGAGGAAUUCUCACUGGAUUAUUCUCUUAUCCAGCUAAAGCUUCAUGAAAAUCAUGGCGAAAAAAUGCGGGCAUUUGAAUGUUUGCAUAAGAUAAUGCAUAGAAUUCUAAGGGACCCACUAAACGAAUCACACCGUCGAAUCACUCUGACCAGUACUGACUUCACUGAAACCCUUUUAGUUAUUCCAGGAUGUAUGGACUUCUUAUUUUCUGCAGGCUUCCAGGAAGCCGAUGAUUCGUUUGUCUUACCCAUUACAACUGAUCUUUCCCAAUCGAGAAAGCUCCUCAAUCAACUGAAUUCAUGUUUGUCGAUCAAUUCAGAGAAAUUGUGUCAAAAUACCCUGGAACUGAUGAAGUCGGAAGUCAUCUUUGUGGAAAAAUUGCUUGGAUACCGUUCUUUUGUUGUAAACUACAUGGAUUUAAAAUUACAGACUCGAGCACGUGAACUGAUUCCCACCGAACAACUUCUUGUAUCCGCUUCUCAGAACACUGGUUGUUCUGUAGAUAAGGUGGAGCCUAGAGACUUUCUUCAAGAACUAAUGCUAUGGUUCAAGGGUGAAUUUUUUAAGUGGGCUGAUAACUUUGAAUGCAAAGCAUGCGGUAGUAAAAUGGUUUCAAAGUCAACAGAUCAACCUCGACAAAAUGAAAUGGAUGGUGAUGCCAAUGUUGUAGAAGUAUAUAUAUGCAAAUCUAAUCCUAAACACCCACCAUAUCGAUUUCCACGAUAUAAUAAUCCUAAAAAGUUACUUGAAACUCGUCUAGGACGUUGUGGUGAAUGGGCUAAUUGCUUUACUUUAUUUCUUGUCUCUGUUGAACGUUCAUCUCAUCAACCGUGGUUUGAAUCUUGUCGGCUUAUAAUGGAUUGGACAGAUCAUGUUUGGUGUGAAGUCUGGUUAGAGGAUAGAGAAACUAAUCGAAAGCGUUGGAUACACUGUGACCCAUGCGAAGGACAGAUAGAUAAGCCUCUUUUAUAUGAAUCAGGAUGGAAUAAAAAGGUUAAUUAUAUUAUGGCGUAUACAGUGCCACCUCGGUCAUUACAUCAAACAUUGGAAGGUAGUAAUAAACUGGCAGCUAUUGAUAUACAAGAUGUGACAUGGCGUUAUACGCAAAACUUCUCUGAGGUACGAUCGCGACGUCAUCUAAUUAGAGAGUUUAUAUUGGCCACACAAUUGGCAAAUAUUCACUAUGAUGCUGUAAGAAAGUGGUCCCUUUUCAGUGAAGAGAGCGAUGUCAACACGAAUCCAUUUUGUUGGAAUUCUAUCAUUGAUGAGUUGAUUACGUUUCUACGUCCUCCAAAGUGUGUUGAAAAACUUCCAGGUCGUCAAACUGGAUCCUUGGAAUGGCGUAAAGCUCGUGGCGAAUUAGGUCAGACAUGUGCAUCUGUCAACUCUUCUAUCAGGGGAUCGAAAUACAUUAUUCGCCCAUCUGAUUUGGAGUUAAAAACUGGAAUAUUUCAUCUACGUUAUAAUUCAGCGUUGAAUAUUUAUGAACGUCUUUACUACAUUAAGACUAAUGCAUCUGAUGUAAACUGCUACCCUACUAAGAAUUCUAAAGGUGAUAAACAGGAAUUAUUGAAAAUAACUGAGAAUGCACGAGAAACUGGUCUUUAUGGUUGGCAAUCUAUGGUUUAUGAAUGGAGGAAUAUUUGUCGGAAGGUGGAACUUGAUUGGCAUAUGGUUUAUUUAGCACGUGAAGAGGAUAGUGAUCCGUUUGAGGAUGGAAUCAUUACAUGGAUGUUAGAUCUAAGGAAUACUGAUUAUCGUGUUGGCAAGGUAAAAAAAAAGUUGUUUUUUUCUGUUGUCGAUUAUUUCAAUUGUUUUUCCUUUUUCUACUUUGUUUAUCUGCAAAUACUACUUUUACAGUUACACAUUUUCCAUAACUGACGUUUUACGGGGCUUGAAUUCAGUUGUAUGGGUACUCGACUAUCAAUUCAUUGAGUUACGGGGUUCAAGUCAACUCCAUCUAUAUUUAGUUGAACAAGUAGAUAGUUUCACAGUCUCUUUUUGCAGACAGACACAUUCACAUUUAUUCAUGUUGCCACAAUUUAAAAUAGCAUGCAAAGAACAAGUAGAUAGACGAAGUUGUGUGAGAGAAGAAUAAACAAUUUGAAGAUGACGGUUAGUGCAAAUAUUCAAACUUUCGAAGCUGUCAAAGGGUGAAUACAUCCGCGCCAUUGUGACUGACUUUUCACUGUGUCACCACAAAUUUGUCGCCUCGAAGAUCCCAACCACGUAUAUUAUUAUGAUUUAUCCCUUGGGUUCCUAAUAGAACAUAGGGCUUCAGUAGCACGCCUUCAUUAUACUCUCUUCUCUUCAAUCUUUUUAACCUGGUUCCACGACAACCCAGAAGCUCUCAUUUCCUCCUCUCACCAUCUCCUCCAUGUCACCCUCAGCUGGGACGCCCAACUCAUCGUUUCCCAUCUGGGUUCUACUCGAGUGACUGGCCUGACGCGUGAUGUCCCCAGUCGGCCUUCUCAGUGAAUGCCCAAUCCAUCUCCACUUCCCUCUUCUGUAUAUUUGUUGGGUGAUAGGUUCUUGGUAGGUUCGUUCCCAGAGUUCCUUGUUACUUGUUCUUUCUGGCCAUCUGAUCUUCACUAACGAGCCAGCGUAGACAGUUGUUGAUGAAUGUCUGUAGUUUAUUCUAAAUGUUUUUCCUAAUGCGCCAAGUCUCUGAACCAUACAGAAGCACUGACUUGAUAGACGUUGGUGUUGAAGAUCCGGAUGUUGUUCCAUAGGCUGACCGACCGAAAGCUGCUACCUUGACGUGGUGGUCGGGCUUGCAUAUCACAAUGACCCAACGAGCUAUGCUGGUGGAACGCUUGUUCCCUCGAGGUCCUACCAUACCAGAAAGGUCUGUUGGGUAGUGGUUAGACGAAAAGCAGUUACCGUUAUAGUGUAAAUUGCUACACUAUGAUGGGGGUCUGAGGGCGAAGUCGUACUGCUGCUAGCUGGAUGGGGUGUGACAGCAGUAAGGUGUUUCCCUUGGAUGACCAGCAGUGCCAAGCUGAUGCUGCCUUCUCAGUGGAAGGGGGGGUUAGAAAAGGUCGGCCCCAAAAAUAACACACUCCACCACGCCCCACGGUCUGCCGGGCCGGCGGUGUUGGUUCACUUGUCGUUUCCUUUCGCUCAUCCGGCCCCAAAAAUACAAAAUUCAAAAUAAUCAUACUCAAAAGGCUGGGUGUGACAGGCCUCAAGCAGAUGUCCGAUGGGCUCUGCGGUCACACAAAUCUCUUUCAGGUACCUUAAGAAGAAAUAGCCUUCCACGGUGUGGGCAGCCGGGAAGUGUCAACCGCCCUCACAACUCUGUCAGCACCCAAGUUUCUUCUGACUGCUAUCCUCCUCCUCCAUCAUUACCUUCUAAUCUUCCUUCACGUCUCUUAAUUAAUGAUGCUGCAUCAUCUUCAAUUUCUCCUACCUCUGCAGCCUUCGACAACGAUCUGAGUCCACAGAACAGCAUCCCUGGUCUCCUUAAACCACGCUCCAAAUUACAUAUUGGAGCCUUCAAUGUCCGCACCCUCCGUCAAAUUGGCCAACAGGCUUCGUUGGCAAAGACUCUAGCAACUCGGGCAUGGAUGUGUGCUGUGUUUGUGAGACACGCAUACAGGACCCAAGUGUGGUUAUUCACCUGACCUCUCCUGACCAAUCUGGUGAAUCUGCAAAAUUCACCCUUCGAGUUUCUGGAGAUUCGAUAGCUAGCUCUCGUGGUCUUGCAGGUGUAGGUAUAGCAUUAAGCACCAGGGCAGAAAACUCACUACUAGACUGGAUCCCAGUUGAUAGUCGCCUCUGCGCUAUGAGGCUGAACGGCACAGUGAGAACUAAAAGGAAUAGUGAGACUCGCCGUUGUCUCUUUGUAAUCUCUGCUUACGCACCCACUGACUGUAGUUCGGAUGAAGUGAAGGACGAGUUCUACCAUAAACUGUCUAACCUCCUCUCGAAAGCCAAACGUUCGGACGUAGUGGUUGUUGCAGGUGACCUCAACGCACAGGUGGGUAGACUGAGUGAGGCAGAAAGGCACUUAGGUGGCACUUUCGGAAUCCCAGCUGAACGUACAGAUAACGGUGAUCGCCUAUUACAACUAUGCUCAGAUAACCGCCUAUUUUUAGCCAGCACAAAUUUCAGACAUAAAGAAAGGCACUGUCUGACCUGGCGUCCACCGAGCUCGACUCAGCGAUGGACACAGAUAGACCACAUUGCUAUUAGUCAUCGCUGGAGAGGAUCGGUGGAAGACUGCCGCUCCUUCUGGAGUACGUGUUUGGACAGCGAUCAUGCGUUGGUCCGAGCACGUAUAUGCCUGCGUCUCAAUGGACGUAGAAAAAAUUUGGCAACAAAACCACUACGAGUUCUGCUGGACAACGAAAACACCAAAGCCGUGUUCAGUGAGAAGUUGGCUAGGCAGUUAUCGGAACAAAAGACUGUCACUCAUCCAGAAGAAGCUUGGUGCCAUCUUCAGUCUACUGUAAAAGCAGCACUGGAGACUGUAGCCGACUCCAAGAUAAUGGCUAAAAAGAGCCAGUGGAUAUCAGCAGCUUCUUCCAAACUAAUGGAUGCACGUGAAUGCAUCCCUGCAGGCUCUGAGUACAAUGAAGAGCGAGCGCAACUU